GCAGGAAAUGUCAGGCCGUCCCCGCCCUGUGCCCGGUGUCCCGGGCCGGAUGCCCGACUGGCCAGCUGUUGGGUGGGCGCCCGGGGCUACUCAGAGCUGGGACGGCGAUGGCACCUGCCGCGUCAAGACUGCGGGCGGAAUCCGAGCUCCCGUCGCUCCCGCGGCGAGCGCUCGCCCAGUACUUGCUGCUCCUGAAGCUCUAUCCGGUGUUCACCAAAGCAGUCAGCAGUGGCAUUUUGUCAGCCCUUGGGAACCUUCUGGCCCAAACGAUUGAGAAGAAACAGAAAAACGAUUCUCAAAGUCUAGAUAUCAGUGGGCUUCUCCGGUAUUUAGUUUAUGGGUUCUUUGUCACAGGUCCACUGAGUCACUAUUUCUACCUCUUCAUGGAGUACUGGAUCCCUCCUGAGGUUCCCUUGGCAACUGUCAAGAGGCUGCUGCUGGAUCGCCUGCUCUUUGCACCAACCUUUCUGCUGCUGUUCUUUCUCAUCAUGAACUUGUUGGAGGGGAAAGAUGUCAGUGCCUUCACUACCAAGAUGAGGAGUGGCUUCUGGCCUGCACUGCAAAUGAACUGGAGGAUGUGGACGCCCUUGCAGUUCAUUAAUAUCAAUUAUGUGCCCCUGCAGUUCCGGGUGCUCUUUGCCAACAUGGCAGCUCUGUUCUGGUAUGCCUACCUGGCCUCUCUGAGGAAGUGAUGUCAGAUACACCGUGGAUAAGAUCUGGGUGAAUCUACCCACCAGCAGGAGAAACAGAAUCCAUCAUUCAGGACAUUAUCUGACUAAAUUAUGUGAUUCAAGAUGCCUUAAAAUUAUAGAGAAAGGAAUGUGUUAGUGUCAGAAUCUCGUGUAGAGACAACAUUAGACUCAGAAAGUAGAUAAUCUUAGCUGUCAUUGUAAACAAGGUAAAGGUCAAUAAACAGUGAUGCAGCUGCUUC